GCUGUCUUAUGAAUGAUUUCAUAUAUUGUGGAACAUUUUGUUUUCACUACCCAACAGUCUUUUCCAUUCCAUAUUGCUGGUUUAAGUAUUUGUGAGAUGUAAGUGGAGGUUUAAAAAGAAAUGGCAGAUGCUAGAUUCCAUUGGUUUAACGCAAUCCAGAAAAGAAACAAAAAAUGUAAGGAGUAAUUUACUGUGCGCUGCAGCCUGAAAUCCUGAACAGAACACUUGGUUUUCGCAGGUUGCCUUGCUACCUGCAACUACAGUAAGUYUUACUCCAACUCUCCAAGUUCCAUAUGUCACAGGCAAAGAACCCUCCCAGCAAAAUAAUGCUUCCAUCCUUGCACACGAUCUCUCUUCGCAAACCUUUGUCUAAUCCAACGUAGCAGAUGAAACCGCUAGAAGCAGCACUUAGACGUCACGCCCAACUUAUCAAAAAUGGUCUCCCUCCACCGGUUUUCAUCUACAACCAACUCAUCCAAUUCUACUCCAAAGUUGACCGUUUAAAGGAAGCCCGCCAUGUCUUUGAUGCAAUGCCCGAACGAAACGUUUUCACCUGGAAUGCCAUUAUUUAUGCUUAUAUUAAGAAUCAAGACUUGAGACAGGCCCGCGCUCUAUUUGACUCUGCUCCCCAUAAAGAUUCUGUUACCUACAAUUCCAUGAUUUCCGGCUACGUAAGUGUCAAUGGUUUUGAAUCCCAAGCGCUUGAACUCUUCUCUGAAAUGCAGGCGCAGCAGUUCAGGAUCGAUGAGUUCACACUUACAACCAUGCUCAACUUGUCGGCAAAGUUGGUAGCCCCAUUGUAUGGGAGCCAGCUGCAUGCAUAUAUGGUGAAGACUGCUAAUGAUUUUAGUGGAUUUGCUGUGAGCUCUCUCAUCGAUAUGUACUCCAAGUGUGGGUGCUUCUUUGAAGCUUGUCAAUUGUUUAAUGGAUGUGGAGUGUUGGAUUUGGUUUCUAAGAAUGCCAUGGUUGCAGCUUGUUGUAGAGAAGGGGACAUGGAAAUGGCCAUUGAUCUAUUCCGGAAAGCUCCCGAAUUAAAUGAUGCGGUUUCCUGGAACACACUCAUCUCGGGCUACGCUCAAAAUGGUUACGGAAAAGAGGCCUUAGAAUUGUUUGUUCAGAUGCAAGAAAAUGGAAUUAGCUGGAAUGAGCAUACUUUCGCUAGUGUUCUGAGUGCUUGCUCAAGUUUGAGGAGUCUGAGGAAUGGAAAAGAAGUUCAUGCUUGGGUUUUGAAGGCUGGGUUGAGCUCGAAUCCAUUCAUAAAUACCGGUAUUGUGGAUGUGUAUUGUAAGUGCGGGAACACGGAGUAUGCAGAGUCGGUUCACGUUACUGGGUCAGAAAAUGCUUAUACAACAACUUCGCUAAUUGUGGGACAUUCUUCUCUCGGGAACAUGGUGGAUGCAAGGAGGCAUUUCGAUACAUUGGCCGAAAAGAAUUCUGUUGUCUGGACAGCCUUAUUCUCUGGGUACCUGAAGUGCCGGCAAUGUGAAGCUGUGCUCCAACUUUUUCGGGAGUUCAAAGAGAAAGAAAUUGUGGUUCCUGAUGCUUUGAUCCUUGUCAAUGUGAUUAGUGCGUGUGCAAUUCAAGCAUCUCUGGAUCCUGGGAAGCAAGUUCAUGGCUACAUACUGAGGACAGGGAUUCAAAUGGAAGAGAAGUUAAGCAGCGCUUUGGUUGACAUGUAUGCCAAGUGUGGACAAAUAGAAUAUGCAGAACAUAUUUUCCUUAAAGUUUCUAGUAGAGAUCGUGUCCUAUACAAUGCAUUGUUAGCUGGUUACGCACACCAUGGGUGUGAAGGAAAAACCAUUCAGUUGUUCAGGGAGAUGCUGCAGAGAGGUAUCACACCUGAUGCAGUCACCUUCAUUGGUCUUCUUUCUGCUUGUCGUCAUGCUGGAUCAGUUGAAGCAGGGGAGAAAUACUUCAGUUGCAUGACAGAUGAUUUUGCGUUGUCACCUGAAAUUGAUCACUAUUCAUGCAUGAUUGAUCUCUAUGGGCGGGCCAACCAGUUAGACAAAGCAAUGACAUUGAUGAAAAAAAUACCUGUUGAACCAGAUGCUGUGAUAUGGGGGACAUUUCUAAGUGCUUGCAGGAUGAAUGGAAACACUGUAUUGGCGAGAGAGGCUGAGGAUGAAUUAUUACGAAUUGAAGCAGAUAAUGGAGCACGUUAUGUGCAGUUGGCCAAUGCUUAUGCUGCAGAGGGGAAAUGGAGCGAGAUGGGGAGGAUAAGGAAGAUGAUGAAGACGAGGGAGGUCAAGAAGCUUGCUGGUUGCAGUUGGGUCUAUGUGGGAAACAGAGUGCACAUAUUCACUUCCGGAAAUACAUCUCAUUCUGAAGCUGAAGCUAUUUACUCAAUGUUAUCAUAUUUGGAUGCAGAAUUGAACCAAUUAAACACAAAUAAAGGACUUAGAAAGUUCCUAUAAAAUAGUGGCCCUUUUCUGGAA